AUGCCCAUUCAGAUCCUCUGCUCUGUGUCAUUCUCCUCUGGGAAGGAGGCCCCAGGACCCACGGGGGAUAUCUGGGGUCCUCACCACCACCGGCAGCAGCAGGACAGCUCAGAAUCCGAAGAGGAAGAGGAAGAGAAGGAAAAAGAGGCAGUCAAGAGAGAGCUUGAUGAGGGGGACUUGCCUAGGGACUUGGUGACCUUUGCCAACAGCUGUACCCUCCAUGGUGCCAGCCAUGUCUUUGUGGAAGGGGGCCCAGGGCCAAGGCAGGCCCUGUGGGCAGUGGCCUUUGUCAUAGCACUGGGUGCCUUCCUGUGCCAGGUAGGGGACCGAGUAGCUUAUUACCUCAGCUACCCGCAUGUGACUUUGCUGGAUGAGGUGGCCACCACAGAGCUGGUCUUCCCUGCGGUCACAUUCUGUAACACCAAUGCUGUCCGGCUGUCCCAGCUCAGCUACCCUGACUUGCUCUACCUGGCCCCCAUGCUAGGGCUGGACGAAAGUGAUGAUCCCGGGGUACCCCUUGCUCCACCGGGGCCAGAGGCUUUCUCCGGGGAGCCCUUUAAUCUCCAUCGUUUCUACAAUCGCUCCUGCCACCGGCUAGAGGACAUGCUGCUCUAUUGUUCCUACUGCGGAGGCCCCUGUGGUCCCCACAACUUCUCAGUGGUCUUCACACGCUAUGGGAAGUGUUACACAUUCAACUCAGGCCAAGAUGGGCGGCCGAGGCUGAAGACCAUGAAAGGCGGGACUGGCAACGGCCUGGAGAUCAUGCUGGACAUCCAGCAAGAUGAAUACCUGCCUGUGUGGGGAGAGACCGACGAGACGUCCUUCGAAGCAGGCAUCAAAGUGCAGAUCCACAGCCAGGAUGAACCUCCUUUCAUCGACCAGCUGGGCUUCGGCGUGGCCCCAGGCUUCCAGACUUUUGUGUCUUGCCAGGAGCAGAGGCUCAUCUACCUGCCCUCACCCUGGGGCACCUGCAAUGCUGUCACCAUGGACUCGGAUUUCUUCGACUCCUACAGCAUCACUGCCUGCCGCAUCGACUGUGAGACGCGCUACCUGGUGGAGAACUGCAACUGCCGUAUGGUGCACAUGCCAGGGGAUGCCCCAUACUGCACUCCAGAGCAGUACAAGGAAUGUGCAGAUCCCGCCCUGGACUUCCUAGUGGAGAAAGACCAGGAAUACUGCGUGUGUGAAAUGCCCUGCAACCUGACUCGCUAUGGCAAGGAGCUGUCCAUGGUCAAGAUUCCCAGCAAAGCCUCAGCCAAGUACCUGGCCAAGAAGUUCAACAAAUCUGAGCAGUACAUAGGGGAGAACAUCCUGGUGCUGGACAUCUUCUUUGAAGUCCUCAACUAUGAGACCAUCGAGCAGAAAAAGGCCUAUGAGAUCGCAGGGCUCUUGGGUGACAUCGGGGGCCAGAUGGGGCUGUUCAUCGGGGCCAGCAUCCUCACAGUGCUGGAGCUCUUUGACUAUGCCUAUGAGGUCAUUAAACACCGGUUGUGUAGACGAGGGAAAUGCCAGAAGGAAGCCAAGAGGAGCAGCGCAGAUAAGGGUGUGGCGCUCAGCCUGGACGACGUCAAAAGACACAAUCCCUGCGAGAGCCUCCGGGGACAUCCUGCCGGAAUGACAUACGCUGCCAACAUCCUACCUCACCAUCCUGCCCGAGGCACAUUUGAGGACUUUACCUGCUAA